CUAUAAAUAGGAGGGAUGAAGGCAGCAGAGAUCAGAUUGUCUCUACAGAGACCUCUACAGCACAGAGAUCCACACAUGGCUCCUACAAUCACUGCAGCAAUGACCGACUCUCAGGAGCAUCUGACUCGCAGCCACAAGCUCAGAAAGCCUCUGGUGGAGAAGUUACGCAGAGAGCGAAUCAACAGCAGCAUCGAGCAGCUCAAGUCUCUCCUGGGUCCAGAGUUCCUCAAACAGCAGCCAGACUCCAAGCUGGAGAAAGCAGACAUCCUGGAGAUGACAGUUGACUUCCUGACACAGCUGCAGCAGCAGAACCAACAGCAGAGAAGACUGAUGAAGCACUUCAACAAGCUGCAGUCUUCSUCUGAUGAGAAGCUGAGAGAGGCUGACUUCUCUCCUCUGAGCUCCACAGUCCACACCAGCAUCACYAAAGACAAGAGUCYGGUCAACAGCGCCCCCUGGAGGCCGUGGUAGACACCUGAGGACUUUUAUCAAAGUGAAGCUCAAGAUCAGAAACUCUCCAACAACUGUGCUCGUUCUCGUKGUCAUCUCGUGUUUGAAGAGUCAUUGCAUGCUAAUGCAAUUUUCUUAUUGUUUUUUACUUUUGUAAAAGUUAAAUUGUGUUUCUGUGAUAUUUGCAGACAACAGGUCGACUGCUAUUUUAACCGUAGUCACUUAUUCCUUACUCAGAUGUUACUCUGUGAUGUACACGUUAUUAUUCUCUUUGGGAAUGCUUGUGUGUUGUUGCUAACAUCAAAGUCUUGUUUUUCUAUGUAGGAGACAAAGUUAUUCAUGUUAAACAUGUUUAAUAUUUUUGUGUGAUAUUCACAUUCUCCACUGAUUGAAACAUCCUUAGUGAUGUGUCUAUGAAUUUCUCAAUUUCCUGUGUUUUAGCAGAUGAAGUUUUUGUUUAUGAGCAGAAAUCAAACAAUGUGCUGCUUUAUGACUCUGUGAGUGACGGCACCCAUACCUUCAGUGAAGGACGUGUGAUAUGAUGAAUGUAUCUCUUCAAGCCAAGUGAUGCGCAAUAAAACAAUCAUAAAAAAACAAUA